AUGGAGAUGAUUGCAGCGAUGAUCUGCUCCUUGAACCCAGGCUGGAGCGCAAGCGCGAUUGGACGCCAGUGGCUUGCGACGCGUCUUCUGGCUGGAUACCGACAGUCGAGCUUCGUAUCUGUUGGCACCAGUUCCACACCAGCCCCGCAAGCUCAGGGACUCACCUGGUUCUACGUGCACCCCGGAGAGUCGUGGCUCACCAUCGCAGGACAGGACUGCCAGUCUCCAGACCAGAGUGGGCAACGAAAUCCGUUGGUCACUCCCGAAUCCGAGCUCGAAAUGCCAGUGGAGCGAGCUAUGGCUACACCGGUUCUGUUCACCUCCGGCGCUUUGCCGCUCGAGCUCGACCUUGCUGAUGCUCGUGGUGACGCAUCGGAGGUGAGGCCGUCGGCAGUGGUGGCAAGUGAGGUCAAGGCGAAGCCUGCUGCGGCACACCUUGCGCCGGAGCGUCUAGAGCGUAUGAGACUUUUCAAGGAGCUCACGUUCGUCACUACGUGCAAGGCUGUCGGCAACGUUGAGCUUUCUGAUCCAGAAUCCACGGAGGAGCGCCGAUGCAUCGCUAUGUGCCGCAUACAGGCACCUCCCGCCUACACCCUAAUGAUGGAGUACCAAGACAAUGCUCUCAAGAUCCGCGCGUUGCAAGAGGCGUUGGAGCAGCAACAGCGGAAGGCGGACUCAGAAGUUCCGACGUGUAGCUGCUUACCCUGUUUGCCGCUCUUGGGCCGUGCGCUGCAGAAAUGGUAG